GCUGCUCCUUCGGUUCCCUCAGGACAACGUUGCUGCUGCUGCUUCUCCUCUCCAAGCGCGCGCCAGGAUGCCACAUCUUAAUUUCUGUUCUCGGAGAUCCCCGGUGGUUUGCAGUAGUGCUUGUGUUGCAUCAAGCCAGCCUCUUGCAACAAAUAUAGGCCUCGAUAUCUUAAAGAGUGGUGGCAAUGCUGUAGAUGCUGCUGUGGCAGUAGCAGCUGCUUUAAAUGUUACUGAACCAUGCAGCACCGGCAUAGGUGGAGACUGCUUCUGCCUCUAUUAUGAUGCAAGCACAAAACAGGUACAUGGUCUCAAUGGAAGCGGUCGGUCUCCAGAAGCCCUGACCCUUGAGCUGCUAAAAGAUCAUGGCUUCAGUGAGGCAAAUCGUCCCCCUCCACUACAUGCACACAAUGUCACCAUACCUGGUGCGGCAGCUGGCUGGUGCGAUGCUGUUGCCCUGCAUGGAAGCAAAAAGCUUUCCAUGUGGCAAAUUCUGCAGCCAGCUAUAGACCUGGCUGAGAAGGGCUUUCCAGUCUCAGAGAUUACUUCCUACUGCUGGAAGAAUUAUGCUCAUGCUCUUCAGGCACCUGGCAACCCACACGGGAAGGACCUGCUGAUUGAUGGCCAAGCACCUGAUCACGGACAAGUCUUCUGCAAUCCUUUUUUGGCAGACACUUUUAAGGAGUUGGCAAAACUUGGCAAACGAGGCUUCUACGAAGGCCGUGUGGCCAAAGCUGUUGUGGAUGUUGUUCGGAGCAAUGGUGGAGUGAUGGAUUUGGAGGACCUGAAAAGCCACGCCACUGAAGAAGUCAAACCCAUUGUCACAAAUUACAAGGGUCUAAAUGUAUGGGAGAUCCCUCCAAAUGGACAAGGAAUAACAGCGCUAUUAGCCCUGAACAUUUUAGAAAAUUUCAACUUGAAAGAAAUGGGCCAUAAUACUGCUCGCUAUUUGCACGUCCUGAUCGAAGCUGUCAAAAUCAGCUUUGCUGAUACUUUACGGUUCUGUGCAGAUCCAGAAAAAGUAGCUGUACCCACAGCAAAGCUCCUUUCCAAACCUUAUGCCAGAGACCGUUCGAAGCUGAUAGAUUUACAGAGGGCAACUGCCAAAUAUAAUCAAGGAAAUCCUUUCCCGGUUGGAAGUGACACUGUUUACUUCACAGUGGUGGAUACUCAAGGCAAUGCCUGCUCUUUCAUUAACAGCAACUAUAUGGGAUUUGGCACAGGGCUGGUACCAGAUGGCUGUGGAUUUACAUUACACAACCGAGGAGCCAAUUUUUCACUACAGCCUGGUCACCCAAACUGCUUGGCACCUAGGAAGAGGCCAUAUCACACAAUUAUACCUGCUCUGGCUACUGAUGCAGAUUCGGGGGAGCUUCUGUGCUCCUUUGGAGUAAUGGGUGGAUUCAUGCAGCCACAAGGGCACGUUCAGGUACUGCUCAACAUGUUGGAAUUUGGAAUGAAUCCACAAGAGGCUUUGGAUGUGCCCCGUUUUUGUGUUGAAUAUGACAAAAAGGUGGAUGCAUGGCUCGUGUCCUUGGAAGAUGGCAUCCCUUGGCACAUCACGGAAGCAUUGGUAGCCAAGGGUCAUAUGGUCAUGGCACCCGUAACUGGGCACAGCAGGAGCAUGUUUGGACGGGGCCAAAUUAUCACCAAAGGAGACUGGUGGCGGCACUGGCGAAUCCUGCCUUCUUCUAGCAAUGUAUUCUGGGCAGGGUCUGAUCCCCGAGCUGAUGGCUGUGCAUUAGGAUAUUAGCACGGAAGAAAGAAUUGGCUGCGUGUUAAAUGGGUUUUAAAAAAAAAUCAAUGUCCAAAUCAAAACUCAAAUCUGAAAGGGUAUAAACAAUGAUAAUACGGGCAAGGGGGAAAUGGAUCAAAAUCUGCUUGAGCCAUAGCUUGGUGAUAGAGCAAAUGCUUUGCAUGUAGUUCUCUCAGGGACAGUCAGAGGCAUCUCUGCUUGUGACUGUGGAAGAGGCUUCAGCUGCCAAUCAAGUUGGAUGAAGGGUGGGGGAUGUAGCCAAGGUCUGCAUUCCCUUAUAGGCAGCCUUCCAGGGGAGCUGAUUGGCCAGAGGCCAAGGUGCUAUGGAUGGGGCUCCUACAGGUGUCUAUAUUCCGGCUCUCAGUCGCACAGCACUGCAACCAGGGCUGGUCUUACAAUUAGGCAAACAGAGGCAGUCCGAUGGUUGGCAUGGGUCACAGUGAAUUGCUGACUCCCCCUACCCAGCCCUCCCAUCACCUUCUCCCUAGCUCCAGGAAGGGCCAAAAGAUUGUCCUUCCUGCAGAACAAAGCACUUUGGGCAGGCAGACUGUGAAAGUGCCUGUUCUGGCACGGUUUGCUCUGGCAGCUAGAAACGAUGCCUAAAAUGGGCUGAAAGUUUAGUGUUAUUGUUGUUGUUUUUUACAACAGUCCCAAGUUUUGCCCUUGUGGCAAAUGUGUAAACUUCUUAAUCAAAGAUAGGAGGAAGGGCAAUUGAUACCAACAUAAUUAAUACUGACUGGCAAUUUCUUCCCCCGACCUCUUAAACAUUUAAAAAUCAUGUUUACAGCUUAUAUGUAUUUCAUAGAAUCAUAGAGUUGGAAGGGACCCCCAGGGUCAUCUAGUCCACCCCCUGCAAUGCAGGAACCACAACUAAAGCAUCCAUGACAGAUAGCCAUCCAACCUCUACAAUGAAGGGCAGCCCACAACCUCCCGAGGGAGUCCAUUACACUGUCGAACAGCUUGUGCACUUCUAUUGCGUUUUGAUACAAUUUUGGUAUUGUUGAUUAUUACACAGCCCUCCUUGUUUUGUUCUGUUUUAACUUAAUGAAUUUAAUGUGUUUUAAUAUCUAAGGAACAUCCAAUCAGUCAAAUAAUAAUAAUAAUAAUAAUAAUAAUAAUAAUAAUAAUAAUAAUAAUGAAUCUGCUACAAAACCUUUCUGCAUUGAUUUGUCCAUGUUUCUUAAUGUAACCUUUCUGUUUCCGUAGCAUGUUUUGGUACAAUUUGUUACUUAAUAAAGAGUGUUCUAUUAAUAGUGCUGCGUGUACCUAGUUAUUAUUGCAAUAAGCAGGUUGUUGUCCUUGUGGAUGACGACAACGGAACAGCUUAACCAGCUUUGUGCACCCACAGGAGUGUGGGGCCUGAAAUUCUCAAGCAGCAACCACCCACAGUAGGAACCUUCCCCCAAACCAUGAUAAUAAUAUAAUUAAGUAUUCCCAUGUCUGAAGGCACAUGGUGCAACAAUUCUGUUGAAACUAAGCAGUGUCAAGAUGGGAAAUUGCCUGGAAAUUUUAUGUAUGCCCCCUAGAGUUCCAU